AUGGACCGCCAACUCGAGCAGCUUCUGCCAGCGCUGAGCGCCCGCCCGGGCCUCUGCAAGUCGCUGCUUCCCGAGCUCCUGGACUGCGUCGCCGACAUCGCCGAUGCCCUGCGCAAGUCAUACGACGUUGCCCUGGCCGGCACCGCAAAUGCCUUCGGUGACGACCAGCUCAAUGUCGACGUUGCUGCCGAGGACAUUCUUCGAGCCGCCCUUUCCCGAUGUCCCGUGGUUGCGACGGCUAGUAGCGAGGAGGACCCGACGGAGCGUGCAAUCAACAACUUGCCAGCGACUUCCGGCGACGGUGAGCAAUACACUGUUGCGUUCGAUCCGCUCGAUGGAAGUUCCAUCAUUGGCCCCAACUGGACCGUGGGCACCAUCGUUGGCAUCUGGGAUGGGACUACCGCACUGCGCCAAUCUCCGGCGGACAAGAUGGUUGCCGCUGUCCUCGGUGUUUACGGCCCUCGCACCACGGCCAUCGUCGCCAUCCGUCUCCCGGGAUCCGAGUCUGUGUGCUUAGAGAUCGCCAUCGCCACGAGGAGCGGGAGCGCCCGGAGCUCCACCGUCCUCCGCCCUGCCGUAGGUCUUGCCAAGCCGCCCUUCAGGACGAGGUACUUUGCUCCGGCGAAUCUACGCGCCGCCGCAGAGUCUCCGUCGUACAUGCAUCUCAUUGCGCACUUCGUGGACAACAAAUACACGUUGCGGUACAGUGGUGGCCUUGUCCCGGACCUUGUUCAUGCCCUUGUAAAGGGUCACGGUGUGUAUGUGUCGCCAGUCACCGCCACCAGCAGGGCGAAGCUGCGUCGCCUGUAUGAGCUUUGCCCAGUGGCGCUGGUCAUGGAGUGUGCUGGGGGCAGGGCCAUUGAUCCUACCACUGGCGAGGAUAUCCUAGCGCAGCCUCUCGACAGUUGCGACGACAGGGCUGGCCUUGUGUGUGGCACCUCUAACGAGGUGAGCCUUGCGAAGGACUUCUUGCUCGAAACAGUCCCCCUGGCUGGGUAG